AUGUCAGGUUUCUGGCUGGACAAGGAUAAGUUUGUGACAUGCGCUCAUCUUGUAGGCAUGGUCACUGGCACUGAUGUUCCGAGCACAUGGGAGUUGCUGCGGAAAUUGAACCUACGGCGAGCUUGGGUCUCUACUGCAAUGAAUUCGGUCGAUCAGGACUACAACGGUCUCGAAUCAUGGCCUGUCUACCUUCUCGAUGUGAACUCGUCCGCAAAUAUCGCAGUGUUCGCACUGAAGCCGCGCACGGUUCGGACCAAAGGUUUUCCUCCGCAUUCUGUCGAUUUGAGUCAGCUUGCUUCGAUAUACAACUAUGAUGGUCCCGAGCCUGCCUAUGCUAUGAGCCAGGAGGGCCUCGUCUUGCAAAAGUCGCUCUUCGCUGUGUAUUAUCCGUCCGCGGCGGCCACAGUGAAGGAAGCCGGUCUAGCUCCAGAGAGCCAAAAGAGAGCAGAGGCUGCCCAUGUCGAGGAUGCUUGGCGAUGGAUGGCUCAAGAAAGUAGUCAAGAUGACAGCCGACCACCACCUCUGGACUAUGCAGACACAUUUAGGGCAAACGUUCGAAGUGUCGCUUUUGGAAAGAUCAAGACUCUAGAUCGCAUCCCCUGUACACCGCACAAUAUUUCCGAACUCGCCCACGCCCGAGAGUGCAGCAUUGUGGGGUCUCGGGGCUGCUCUGGGGGAAUGGUAUGCGAAUAUUCAUUCGUCCAUGGGGCUCCUAAGGCGUUCCAGGUCAAAGUGAUCGGACUGUAA